GAUCCAAGGAAACCACAGUUACUGCCGAUGGCUUGAAACCAGCUUCAUCGUAUGUCUUCCAGAUUCGAGCACGCACUGCAGCAGGAUAUGGUGGCUUCAGCCGAAGAUUUGAGUUUGAAACCAGCCCAGUGUCAGUAGCUGCCUCCAGUGACCAGAGCCAGAUUCCAAUAAUUGCUGUGUCUGUUACCGUGGGAGUGAUUCUCUUGGCUAUGGUUAUUGGUUUCCUUCUCAGCGGAAGGCGAUGUGGUUACAGCAAAGCUAAGCAAGACCCAGAAGAAGAAAAGAUGCAUUUUCAUAAUGGCCACAUUAAAUUGCCUGGAAUCAGGACAUAUAUUGACCCACAUACUUACGAGGACCCCAAUCAAGCUGUCCAUGAAUUUGCCAAGGAAAUUGAAGAAUUGUGUAUAUCCAUUGAAAGAGUGAUUGGAGCUGGUGAAUUUGGUGAGGUGUGUAGCGGGCGUUUGAAAGUGCCUGGGAAGAAAGAGCUGCCGGUGGCUAUUAAAACCCUGAAGGUGGGCUACACUGAGAAGCAAAGGCGAGAUUUUCUGGGAGAAGCCAGUAUAAUGGGGCAGUUUGACCACCCCAACAUAAUUCACUUGGAAGGCGUUGUUACAAAGAGUAAACCUGUCAUGAUUGUGACUGAAUACAUGGAAAAUGGAUCUUUGGACACUUUCUUAAAGAAGAACGACGGGCAGUUCACAAUCAUUCAACUGGUGGGAAUGCUCCGAGGGAUUGCAUCUGGGAUGAAGUACCUUUCUGACAUGGGCUACGUACACAGAGAUUUGGCUGCAAGAAACAUCCUAAUCAACAGCAACUUAGUGUGUAAAGUAUCUGACUUUGGCUUGUCCAGAGUUCUGGAAGACGAUCCUGAAGCUGCCUAUACAACCAGAGGAGGUAAAAUUCCAAUCCGAUGGACCGCGCCAGAAGCCAUCGCCUUCCGGAAAUUCACCUCUGCCAGUGACAUCUGGAGCUACGGGAUUGUGAUGUGGGAAGUGGUGUCCUACGGAGAAAGACCUUACUGGGAGAUGACGAAUCAAGAUGUGAUUAAAGCUGUUGAAGAAGGGUAUCGUUUGCCCAGCCCGAUGGACUGCCCGGCUGCUCUCUACCAACUCAUGCUGGAUUGCUGGCAGAAGGAUCGGAACAGCAGGCCCAAGUUUGAUGAGAUCGUCUGCAUGCUGGACAAGCUCAUCCGGAACCCCAGCAGCCUGAAGAUGCUGGUGAAUGCAUCGACGAGAGUGUCAAACUUAUUAGGUGAACACAGCCCCCUGGGAAAUGGUGUCUACAGAUCUGUAGGUGAAUGGCUGGAAGCCAUCAAAAUGGGACGGUACACAGACAUUUUUAUGGAAAAUGGAUACAGUUCCAUGGACGCUGUGGCUCAGGGAUUUGAGGCGGCUUGGAGUUACACUUGUUGGGCACCAGAAGAAGAUAAUGAACAGCCUGCAAGAAAUUAAGGUCCAGUUGGUGAAUGGGAUGGUGCCUUUGUAACUUGGUGCCCAUGUUUUUAAUGCCACUUCUUCAGGUGAUCAACUCUGCACUUUGGAAACUUAGCCCUAACAUUUAUUUUAUAGAAGAGAGAGAGAGUGAGAGACAGAGAGAAAUUCAACAAUUUCUUUAAGGCAUUGGAAAAACAUUGGCCUCAGUCACGUGAUCUGUAAUGACUGUUAGAACCUGCCUUGAGGUGACUUCAUUCUCUCUGCAUCAAAAGUAAGAAGGAACCUGUUUUAUGUAAGGUUUACCAUUUUCCUCUUCGCCAACAACAAAGACGCAUUCCUAAGUACCUUGACUGUGCUGGAAUAGUGUGUGUGCGUGUGUGUGUGUGUGUGCAGGUACAUACACACACACCUUUUAUAAAGUCUGAAAAUGGCCACUUACAUUAUACUUACAAGGACUUACUUGGAAGGAAAUGUUUUUCAAGCCAUUUGUGGGCUUAGGAGAGCUGCAGCUUAAGUUUACUCUGCAUCUUUAGCAUCAAUGAAAGAAUACUGAUGAGCAAUAUUAAGACUGUUUCUUGACAGAGAUGACUUGUUUUGUAAAUUGUAAAGAAUGCUGUUAGCUCAGUGAAGCUCUCAAGACUGGUACAAACACUUAUUGAUCAAUGUUCAAUGCAAUACAGGGUGUGUGCUUUUUUUCUUUCCUUAUGCUGGUUUUUUUAACCUGGUUAAUAUAAUGUUUAUAAUGUACAGUUUACUAGACAGCUAGAGGCAGGAUAAUUUCCUUUUCAUGCUGCCUAUCUGCACAUGUGUUUUGCAGGUGUUCUGUCAUAACCAGAACUGUGUGCAUUCCACAACAGCACAAAACAGGGUAAUAGGUACAGAAAUCUGAAUUCAACUCUCUGAGGAAAAAAAACCCACAACUUUCUAGCACUUACAGUCGUGGAGAUAAGCUUGAAAGUGUGCCCACAGCUGCUGGUGAAAUCUCAGGAGCCGAAGGAGUUGCUACCUCCAAAUUCCAGUGGCUGGGGGAGGGGUCAGUUCCCGCUGCAGCUCCUUUCUCCUCCCCCAACUGGAUGUUGUUAUGCAAACGGAUCUCCUUUAUACAAGCUGCAGAAUUAGACUUUGUGUCGCACAGAGUUUUCACUUUUUAAAGCACACAGUCCUUCGGAAGUCCAACAACAGCAACCUGUAAUAACUUUGGAUCUGAAGAAGUGUGGGUACAUAAAACCCUGUUUUAUUUGUGGGUACAUAAAACCCUGUGGGUACAUAAAACCCUGACUUUUACUAGUUUUUAGUGGGCUUGCAGAUGGCUGAUGCCUGUCCUGACUCUCUUCUUCCCUCCUUAACCUAAACUUCUCUGUGUAAGAAGGGGGGUGAAGGGGGGGGCGGGAGGGCAGGUGUCGGGUCUCACCACUCCCUGCAGCAUCCAGGACUAGCUAACCACUGCGGCCAGGCUGAAUGAUGCAGGAGCUAGACUCAAGGAAAAGGGGCCUCCAAUCCUACUGUUCCAGAGAGAUGAGGCUGACAACACAUGAGCACUCUGGUCCAUGAUCAGGUGUCAAUGGACGGCCCCAGGAGGGUUUCUCUUGGUUCUGCUCCUGACCCACACAGAAAGUGCCCAGGGAAGGUAAUGUCACCCCAUUCUUUAGCCACAAGCCACCCCCAAAGCAUGGCGAGCCCCAGAGUAGGAAAUGUUGCAGCACAGUGACUGGAACCAUUCUUGUGAGUAAAUGGUUUCCAAACUGAAUCAAAUGUGCCCAGAAUAUUUUCUCUGACCCCAACCCUAACUACUCCCCACACCUCUAGUAUUUAGAUCAGACAUAUCCUAGGCCAGCUGGUUCAAUGUUUGGGUGUAAUGAAAAACUUGUCCCUUUCUGAUCAGCCAAGCGUCAAAAUGAAGUUAUGCUGAACUCCUAAGAACACUUUCUUGGGACUCAGCCCCACUGACUAGUCCUGAGUAGGACGCUGCUUAGACUUGCCAAGGACGGCCCCAUCUGCUCUUUGUGCCUUGGAAAUAUCUUUUGCAAAAGCACCCAGUCAUGUCUAGGUUACAUGAAAGGAAGUGUUUGUUGCUACUGGGAAUGCUCCAUCCCUUUCCACACCAGAACCACCCUCUGGGCCUUCCCUGUCCACCCACUGCGCCUGUGCUGAGGAUCCUCCUGCCAGCGGGAGCAGCGAUUCCUGGCCCUGCAGAGCAGCAGGAGGAUUUACUUACUCAACAUUGACCUUUUUGCCACUAAAGCAGUUUACACAAAAAAACAUCAUCAAAUACAGUCUAAAGUGAUUUAAAUAUUUGAAAUCUUUUAAAAGAUGGAAACAGAGUAGAAGGAUGGAGCGGUUUCGUGCAGCAGGACCAGAAUGAGGUAGUGGUAGAAUCCUGACAUGAGGAAGGAUGAAAUAGCACUUUCAGCAACCAUUUUUGAACACUCUUGAGAAAGCUUUUAACCCAUCCACUCAAAGAGCUUUUUUAAAUCCAGCCACUCCAUAGCUCAUUCCGCACAUGCAGAAUAAUGCACAUUCAAACUGCUUUCAGUGCUCUUUGAAGCUGUGCGGAAUAGCAAAAUCCACUUGCAAACAGUUGUGAAAGUGGUUUGAAAACACAUUAUUUUGUGUGUGCGGAAGGGGCCCAUGUUUGAGGUGAUAUAGUUCAUUUCACUGCCUUUAGAUAACCAUUUCCUUGGGUGCCAACAUAGAUCAAGUAGCUGAAGUCACAAUUAGAAUUGGAAUCAUGAGCACGAGACAGAGGUCAGUAAUACUUUCCGGGGUUGCUGUCCUGAAGAUGACAAAGGCAAAAACUGGCUUGAGAGAUCCCUUUGGCCAUGGCAUUCCAUUCUAGGUCACAAACAUGAACAUCUAGAUCAGACCAAAGACCCUGAGCCUAGAACAUCUACUAGGCCAGAACAGCAAAACUUAGUCAUAUUCCUUAAACCAACUCCCUCCCUGUAAACUGUAAUUUUUCUCUAAAAUUUGUGGUCAGGGUUUAAAGAGCAGCAGAGAUGGGCAGUCCCACAACAAUCCUCCAAUAUUUAAUCAGCAUAAUGGGAGUUAUUUUGAAGCCAUCUAAAUAGUUGAUUCAGAUUAUUAUUAAUUAUUAAUUUUAACAAUGAUUCAGAUUUUGGAGUGAGUCUGAAUGAAUUGGGACCCCAAACACUAUUGUGAGAUAAAGGCAUCAUCACUAUAUGCCAGAGCCGAAGGGCCUGAGUUGGCAGUGCUGCCUUCUUCCACCUACUCACAUUUUAUCCAGCUUAGUGGUGGGUGGGCACCAAGCGACUGGGAAUCCAGUAGCAGGGAUCAAAGUUGAUGGGGAUCCUUUUCUGAACCCUCGUCAGACUGUAGAUUAAUUCAGAACAGAUCCGAGGGCAGGAAUUUCCUGUCUGCCUACCCAUGUUUCACAGCUUACAACAUUCCUGAAAUCAAGAUGCUGGACACAAAAGAGAGCUCUUGGGUCUGAAUAAAAUGUGUUAAUACACUUUACUGUUAAUGUAUUGCACAUUUCCCUGUUCCUUUCAAAGUCUGAGAAAUCUCUCUCUCCCCGAAGGGUCCAUUCUGAGCCAUUUUCCUUCAAGAAUUGCCAGUUACUUCUCCAUGGGAUGCAUAGAUUGUCACGAACUGGAAAAUAGGAGGCCUUGACCAUAGAUCAGGCACUGGUGAAAAGGAGGAUUGAUCAAAUGCCUUCUCUAGCCCGUUCUUCUUCCCUGGAUCUGUCAUCCUUUGGCAAAGUGCCAAGCUCAUCCGUCACUGUCAAGCCUGGGAGGGAGGAGCGCGAGGCACCCCCUGGGUGGUCGACUUUCAUCCAAACAGCAGCAAACCAGUUGCCAGGAAAAGCUGGACACAGUCUGGCAAUGCGAUUUCAGUCUUUCAAGUAUAAUUUUGUUAUCUGCCAGGGAAAGAAAAGG